AGUUACUUCCUGGCGGUAACGUGUGGUGGAUGCGAGCAUUUGUUCUUCUGUUUUAUUGGAACGUGUGAUAUUUGGAGUAUUUUAGUUUUUAUUUUUGUUGAGUCGACAUGGUGAAAUUGUCGGCGGAGUUAGUCGAGCAGGCCGCUCAGUACACAAACCCGGUCCGAGACAGAGAACUGGAUCUCCGAGGUUAUAAAAUCCCAGUUUUGGAGAACCUCGGGGCCACUCUGGAUCAGUUUGAUACCAUUGACUUUUCCGAUAACGAGAUCAGAAAGCUGGAUGGAUUUCCGCUGCUCAAGAGACUCAAAACCGUGCUCAUGAACAACAACCGCAUCUGCCGGAUUGGUGAAAAUCUCGAGCAUUCGUUGCCCAAUCUUAAGGAGCUGAUCCUUACAAGUAACAACAUCCAAGAUCUGGGUGAUCUGGAUCCUCUCGCUUCAGUAAAGACCCUGACCCUUCUCAGUCUUUUAAGGAACCCAGUAACCAACAAGAAACAUUACAGGCUGUAUGUCAUCAACAAACUUCCACAGAUACGUGUUCUGGAUUUCCAGAAGGUGAAAUUAAAGGAACGUCAAGAGGCUGAGAAAAUGUUCAAAGGCAAACGGGGCGCUCAGCUUGCAAAGGAUAUUGCCAAGCGCACAAAAACGUUCACGCCAGGAGCCGGACUGCAGGCUGAGAAAGUGAAAACGGGGCCUUCUGCAGCAGACGUGGAAGCCAUUAAGGCUGCCAUUGCAAAUGCCACAUCACUGGCUGAAGUGGAGAGGUUGAAGGGAAUGUUGCAGUCUGGUCAGAUCCCUGGGAGAGAAAGCAGACAGGGUGCACAGAGCAUGGUUGAGGAAGAAGAGGACGAUGAGCCUGAAAUGGGGAUGCAGGAGUCUGUUUCGAUGUACAACGCUGCCGGUGGGGAUGAGAUGGAAGAUGACAGAAUGGAAAACGGAGAGGAAGACAUGCAUGUUAAUGGAUCCUAGUUCAUUUCAUGUUAUAUGGAUGAUGGUGCAUCUCUUGAGUUUGUGUAUAAAUGUUGGACAGAGUACUUUUGUAUGCUACUUUUUGUUGGUAAAUACGUUCAACCAAUGGUUUUUUUUUAUGGUUUAAAAUAAAAUUAAGUGCUUCAUUUCAUACUA